AUGGAAGAUCAAAGGAAUGGGUACACAUUGGAUGAAGCAUUGUGUUCAAUUGGGUUUGGAAAAUUCCAAUAUAUUGUGCUUGCAUAUUCUGGGCUGGGUUGGGUUGCAGAAGCAAUGGAAAUGAUGCUUUUGUCAUUUGUGGGACCAGCCAUGAAGCCUGAGUGGGAUCUUUCUUCAAAUGAAGAAAGUUUGAUAUCAACUGUUGCAUUUGCUGGAAUGCUUGUUGGUGCAUAUUCUUGGGGGGCAGUUUCUGAUACUUAUGGAAGAAAGAAGGGAUUUCUUGGUUCCGCUAUGUUAACAACAAUAGCCGGUAUUUCAAGUGCUUUCGCGCCAAAUUAUAUUUGUUUGUUGAUUCUUCGAUGCCUUGUUGGUAUUGGUAUAGGUUGCGGGCAUGUGUUUUCGUCAUGGUUUCUUGAGUUUGUUCCCUCUCCAAAUAGAGGAGCUUGGAUGAUUGUUUUUUCAACUUUUUGGACAGUUGGAACAAUAAUGGAGGCUUCACUCGCAUGGUGGAUCAUGCCUAGAUAUGGUUGGAGGUGGCUCCUUGGUGUAUCCGCAAUUCCAUCUAUCAUAUCACUUGUGACAUAUGCUCUUGUGCCCGAGUCUACAAGAUACCUUUGUACACAAGGAAAGAUAACUGAGGCCCGGCAAAUUCUAGAGAAAGGAGCUACACUCAACCGAAAAGAACUCCCAGUUGGUAUACUUAUUUCUGAUCAUAACACCGGAAGUUCUCAAAGAAGCUCGUCGUCUGUAUUCAUGCUUUUAUCAUCCAAGUUGCUCAGAACAACGCUUCUCUUAUGGUUCUUGUACUUUGCCAACACGUUUGCUUAUUAUGGCAUUAUAUUAUUGACUUCACAAUUAAGCACCUCAAAACUUGAUUGUGACUCGGGCUCGGCCAAGUCACACUCAGAAACAGAUAUCAACGAUUCGAGUCUGUAUGUAAAUGUAUUCAUCACUAGCUUGGCAGAGCUUCCGGGGCUUGCUUUAGCAGCUUAUAUAUUGGACCGAGUAGGUCGUAAGAUCUCCAUGGAAAUCAUGCUCGUAUCAGGGUUCCUUCUAUUACUGCCGAUAGUCGUCCAUCAGAAUGAAGUGAUAACCACAGGCUCUUUGUUUGGAGCUCGAAUGUUUAUUUCGGCAAGCUUCAUUAUUGUCUGUAUCUAUGCCCCAGAGGUGUAUCCUACAAACUUAAGAACAAGAGGAGUUGGAAUAGCAACAGCUAUAGGCAGAACUGGAGGUAUGGUGUGCCCUCUGAUAGCAGUUGGGAUGCAAGCCGGUUGCCACCAAACGGUUCCGGUGAUUCUGUUUGAGGCUACAAUAUUUUUGUCAGCUGUGAGUGUUUUGAUUCUGCCAUUUGAGACCAAAGGGAAGGAAUUAUCAGACACUGUUCAAGUAGCAUAAAUGUGUCAUUACAUGCGAUAACCAAUUUUGAUUAUUAACUUGAGAAUCGAAUAAACACUUGUUCAAGUAGAAUAAAUGUCUCGUUACAU